AUGGUCCGUGAAAAAUUGAGACGAUUCUUUCGGAAGCAACACUCAGAUGAGGACGACCUGAAGAAUUUGAAGUUUGUACAGGGAAAUCAAUUUGUGGAUGAUUCGUCGAUCCACCAUGUAUCCGCUUCUACCACGAAACCAGAUCUGUGGCAACGUGCUUUUGAUGAAAUCGAGCCCAAAGAACAACAACUUAUCCAGUCUAUAUUGAUACCAAAAUCCUAUAAACAUCUAGACUCCAGUGAUAUGAACACCGAUCCCGGUGUUAUGGACCGUUUAAAGGCACUGAAUGGUGUUGUCGAAACCGUGAAGACCCAAUAUGAAAUCGACCAAGGAAAAUCGAGGAUUAAAGAACCAACUCGAAAAAUCAUCAAGGCUGUUCUUAGCUUUAAGGAACUUAUCCAGGCAGCCGUGGCAUUUGAUCCGACAGGACAUGCAACCAGCGUCUGGGCAAUUGUGUCUUUGGGGUUGACGGUAUGCUUGUAUUUUUCUAUUCCAAAUAUACAAGCCCAAUUAACUAACAGAUACGGCUUUCAGAUGACGCAGAACUAUCGCAGUCAGAAAGUAGCUUGGCUGGAAUCUUGCGCAUUCCUCGCAGAAAUCCUCACCCGAUAUGGAUUUGUGGAGGGGGAAUAUCAAAAGGACCCGAGUACCGAUCAGCAUAUUGAGACGGCUCUCGUUCAGGUAUACGUCGCAGUUUUGACUUUCGCUGCCCAAGUCCAGUCACUUUAUGACCGCAGCCGUGUCGUCUUCGCUUGGAAGAGCAUCUCCGGAGAUAGUCUUUCCGAUCUCCAAAAGUCCAUUGAUGACGCAGAGUCACAUCUGGGCCAAUGGCUUGAGAUAGUUGACCGGCGUGAACAGAGAGACAGGAGAACACAGCUUCUUGAAAAGGCGGACAGAAUACUGACUAAUAUUGAUAAAGUGAUGGAGUCACUUAAUGAACUCAAUAGCAAGAUGGUCCUUGUGGAGCUCAAGAUUGCAGAGGAGGCUCACUACAACGCAAAUACCGGAGAGGAGUAUCAAGAAUGUCUACAAGAGACUCGAAAAGAACUCCUUCAGGACAUCAAGAGCUGGGCUACCCAUCCAGAUAAAAAAUCUGUGUUUUGGCUGCAGGGUAUGGCAGGAACGGGAAAGUCCACUGUGUCGCGGACAGUGGCUCGGUGGUUAGACAAGGAGGGCUUACUAGGUGGCAGCUUCUUCUUUAAAAAGGGUGGAACAGACCGAGAAGACGCCAAACGACUCUUCACCACCCUCACCAAACAAAUCCUUGAAAGACUACCUCAUCUUCAGGAACCAGUAAAGAGGGCAAUCAAGGAAACGCGUGGUAUUGGAAGCAACAAUCCACAUGAACAGUUCAACGAAUUGCUUUUUAAGCCACUCAAGAACCUCGAUCUUGGAUUGAAGUCGCCACUGAUCCUGAUCGUUGUUAUCGAUGCCCUAGAUGAGUGUCAAGUGCCAGCUGAUGUCGUGGCUUUUCUUUCAACGUUACCUAAACUGAGCGACUUGACACAUGUCCGACUGCGAUUCUUUAUCACCAGUCGGCCAGAACCAACAGUCAUCAAAGGGUUUCGACCGAUUGUUCAUGAUGAGAUCAUCCUUCAUCAAAUAGAGAAGUCGAUUAUCGAGCAUGAUAUAGCAAUUUUCCUCCGGGAAAGACUAGGGAGGAUCAGAGAUGAUCACGGUCUACUGAAAAGCUGGCCCGGAGAAGAGAAUUUCACGGCUUUAGUCGACAUGGCUGUUCCUCUAUUCAUUUAUGCCGCGACCAUAUAUCGAUUCCUCAAUUGUGAAGAUGAACUGCCAAACGACCGAUUACAAGCAAUAUUGUCCUCACACUUGACUGACGGGAUGGAUAACAUUGACAACGAGUAUUCAAAGUUAACCGGUAUCUAUCUCCCAGUUCUGAAGCACAUUAUAUCGCAGAAAGGGCCCAAAGAAUUAAGAUCCUGGAUGAAUGACUUUCGCCGAAUCGUUGGUGCUAUCGCUCUUCUCUUCAGCCCACUCUCAUCUAUCUCCCUGGCUGGACUCAUUUGUUUGGACCAAAUGAAAGUCCAAAGCAGACUUAAUACUCUCCAGUCGGUGGUGUCAGUGCCGAAAGACAGUGAUGCCCUUGUUCAGCUUCUUCAUCUCUCAUUUCGGGAAUUUCUAGUUGACCAUUCAGCAUCCGCCGAGUUCUGGAUUGACGAACGGGCAGGUCAUAUACAGCUUGCCGAAGAUUGUCUUGACUGUAUGAAUCGAGGAUUAAAGAGAGAUAUAUGUCGUCUGUCAAAUCCGGGCGUACGGAGGCAUGAUAUCGGAAAGGCAGUCUUUGGGAAUCAUGUUCCACCCGAGCUUCGAUACGCAUGUCGCUACUGGAUACGUCAUCUAGGGAACGGUGAUGAGUCUGUCAUAAGCUGGAGACUAGUAGAAGACUUCUUGAAAUUGCAUUUUUUGCAUUGGUUAGAAGUGAUGAGCCUUCUUGGAUGGGUUUCAGAAACGAUUGGAAACAUAACAGCUUUACAGUCCUUGGUAAAGCUAGCUGUCUUUCUCGAAGAUGCAAAGCGAUUCAUUCUCAAAAAUCGCCAAAUAGCCGACGAGGCGCCCCUUCAGGUCUAUUGCGCAGGACUUAUAUUUACCCCUCAAAAGUCAAUAAUUCGGAGAGAGUUUAAUCGAGAGUUUCCCACCUGGAUUUCCCAGUUUCCAAGGAUUGAGGAAAAUUGGAGUGCAGAAUUACAGGCUCUUGAGGGCCACUCGGACUGGGUUCAAUCGGUCGCCUUCUCGCCCGAUGGCCGGCUGCUGGCGUCUGGCUCUUACGAUAAGACCGUACGGCUCUGGGACCCGGUGACGGGCGACCUCCAGCAGACUCUUGAGGGCCACUCGAGCUUGGUUUUUUCGGUCGUCUUCUCGCCCGAUGGCCGGCUAUUGGCGUCUGGCUCUGCCGAUAACACCGUGCGGCUCUGGGACCCGGUGACGGGCGACCUCCAGCAGACUCUUGAGGGCCACUCGAGCUCGGUUCAAUCGGUCGCCUUCUCGCCCGAUGGCCGGCUGCUGGCGUCUGGCUCUGCCGAUAAGACCGUGCGGCUCUGGGACCCGGUGACGGGCGACCUCCAGCAGACUCUUGAGGGCCACUCGAGCUCGGUUCAAUCGGUCGCCUUCUCGCCCGAUGGCCGGCUAUUGGCGUCUGGCUCUUACGAUUACACCGUGCGGCUCUGGGACCCGGUGACGGGUGACCUGCGGCAGACUCUUGAGGGCCACUCGAGCUUGGUUCUUUCGGUCGCCUUCUCGCCCGAUGGCCGGCUGCUGGCGUCUGGCUCUUACGAUAAGACCGUGCGGCUCUGGGACCCGGUGACGGGCGACCUCCAGCAGACUCUUAACACACAUGCAAUCGUCGACGAUCUCGAAUUCUCGCCCGAUGGCCGGCUGCUGGCGUCUGGCUCUUACAAUAAGACCGUGCGGCUCUGGGACCCGGUGACGGGCGACCUGCGGCAGACUCUUGAGGGCCACUCGAGCUCGGUUCAAUCGGUCGCCUUCUCGCCCGAUGGCCGGCUGCUGGCGUCUGGCUCUUACGAUAAGACCGUACGGCUCUGGGACCCGGUGACGGGCGACCUCCAGCAGACUCUUGAGGGCCACUCGAGCUCGGUUCAAUCGGUCGCCUUCUCGCCCGAUGGCCGGCUGCUGGCGUCUGGCUCUGCCGAUAAGACCGUGCGGCUCUGGGACUCGGUGACGGGCGACCUCCAGCAGACUCUUGAGGGCCACUCGAGCUUGGUUGAAUCGGUCGCCUUCUCGCCCGAUGGCCGGCUGCUGGCGUCUGGCUCUUACGAUAAGACCGUGCGGCUCUGGGACCCGGUGACGGGCGACCUGCGGCAGACUCUUGAGGGCCACUCGAGCUUGGUUUUUUCGGUCGUCUUCUCGCCCGAUGGCCGGCUAUUGGCGUCUGGCUCUUACGAUAAGACCGUGCGGCUCUGGGACCCGGUGACGGGCGACCUCCAGCAGACUCUUGAGGGCCACUCGAGCUCGGUUCAAUCGGUCGCCUUCUCGCCCGAUGGCCGGCUGCUGGCGUCUGGCUCUGCCGAUAAGACCGUGCGGCUCUGGGACCCGGUGACGGGCGACCUGCGGCAGACUCUUAACACACAUGCAAUCGUCGACGAUCUCGAAUUCUCUCGGGAUGGCUCAUACGUAACCACCAACUUAGGCAUCCUUGUCGUUCAGCCCGGCCACAAAAAUGACGUUUCUCUUUCAACCUAUGCGUGCCUGCCAAUCUUCAUUGAGCAGCAACAAUGGAUCAACCUGGACCGCAAAAAUGUACUAUGGCUUCCUCCUCACUUUCGGCCUAGCUGUUCCGCGGUCAAUAGGAACUUACUGGCCUUAGGACACGCAUCAGGGCGGGUUACUUUUCUACGAUUUCGUCUAUAG